ACCCAACCCAAACCAUUUUUUUCACUUUACACAUAUUUUUUCAGUGUCGCUCGAGUAGACUACGUGCUUUAGAUUUCAACAGAACGAAACUUUUUUAUUAUAAAAAACAUUUAUUCAUUCUAUUGUCUUUCCAUUUAGCUAUCUUAUUCAUUCACCUCUCUUUAUUUAUCUUGAGACUGCAGAACAGGCUCUUUAGUUUUUUGUCUGCGCAAAAAUACACACAUUAUUAUUAUAAACAGUGUCUUUGCUGUUCCUUUAUUGUCUUUUGGUCUAUCUGGACGACUCGGAGUAAACAACACUAGUAAUUUCGCACAGGCAAUCGUGGUAGAUUGCAAAACUCCACACCCACGCCUUUUUGUAAUUUCGGAGCACACAAAAUCCCCCUUAAACUAGGACCAACAGAUAUACGGACAGUCGGCGACAAAUGGAACAAAUUGAAGAAGCCGUUCUCUGCGCACUCAACCCCAGCAGCGAUCAGGCCGUAAAAGCUCAGGCUACGCAGUACUGCGAAAGCGUUAAGGCGUCGGCAGAUGGAUGGCAGGUCUGCUUGGAGCUGUUCACAAAAGUGCCUGAGCGAGCACCCUCGGCGCGCCUGUUUGCGCUGCAGGUCAUCGAUGCGAUGAUCAUGGGCGCUGGCAUCCGUGGAAACGAAAAUGGUGCACCAGAGAGACUCGCUGCGACUCGCAAGACUCUACUGGAGUUUGUCUCGACACAGUAUGCUGGCCAGAAGUAUCAGACCGAGCUCCCCUUCCUCAAAAACACACUGGCCCACACAAUCACGCUGCUGGCCCUUGCAUCAUAUCCGACGCAGUGGCCAACCUUUGUCAGAGACAUGAUCUCGCUGGCUGGACUGCCAGACGCCACCGGGCCCUUGACCGAGGACAGUGCGAAGGACGUCAACACAGCUACAGUCAACCCAUUCCUGGUCGACUUUCUCAUCAAGGUGCUCGCGUCGCUGGACGAAGAGAUGGUCAACCCGGCGGUUCCGCGCGGUUCAGAUGAAGUGGCGCGCAACACAGACAUUAAAGACGCCAUGCGCGUUGAAGACGUCGACCGGAUGGCCCACGCCUGGUACAGCAUCCUUGCGCACAUGUCUGCCACACGCCCGAACUUGGCUGAGGGCGCGCUGCGAUUGAUGGGCGUGUACGUGUCCUGGAUCGACAUCAACCUCAUUGUCAACCAGCCGUUCAUGCAGAUCCUGUUCGGCCUGCUCAAAGCGCCCGCGCUGCGCUGCCAGGCCUGCCACUGCCUGACAAACAUUGUCGGCAAGGGCAUGCGUCCAAUGGACAAGCUGUUCCUGCUGCAGUUUGUCAGCGUUAUCGACAUCAUGAAGCAGCUGGACAUUGACGACAUCGAGUUUGCAGAAAAGGUGGGCCAUUUGGCCAAUGUCGCCGGUGUCGAGCUCAACACCAUCUGGGUUGACAAGGAGUCGACCACCCCGGAGGCGCGCUCUACAGCCUACGCGAUGCUCGAGCAGCUGAUGCCGCUGCUGCUCAAUUUUCUGUCGCACGAGUACGACGAGGUAUCCUCGGCGGUGUUCCCGGCCAUCAGCGAGAUCCUGGGCGUCUUCAAAAAGAUGCAGCGUGAUGGCACUGCGCUGAGCGCGUCGCAGCUGGGCUUUCUGUCGCGCCUGCUUCCUGUCCUUGUCGACAAGCUCAAGUAUAGCGAAGAAUACUCGUGGCCAUCGUCCUCCAACUCGGGUGCCAGCGACGGCGACGCCUCUUUGGACGAGGACGACGAGGAGGCUGUAUUUGCCGAGCUGCGUCGCAGCCUGCGCGUGUUUAUCGACGCUAUCGGUCACAUUGCACCCAGCCUCUACGACAGCGUGAUCCUGACCGCAGCGCAGGACAUAUUCAAGCAGUGCGGGCAGUAUGGCGUCAGCGCCGACCGGGCUGCUGACGAGGGCGGCCCUGGCCGCGGGCAGCUCGGAUGGGUGCGCGCCGAGCUGGGUGUGUACCUGACGCAGGCUUAUGGCGAGCGGCUGAGCAGCAGCAAGGGUCUGCGCUUCGGUGCAAUCAAGCAGGCCGGUCAGUCCAACGGUUCGAACUCGAGCGGCACCCCCAUCAACACGGCUUCGAUCGAUGCGCUCUCCGACCUGAUGACGAUGAUGAUCCAGUCAGGAAUUGUGAACUGCACCCACCGGGCAAUCGCGCCGAUGUACUUUGAGAACUUUGUGCGCUUUAACGGAUACUUUGAUAUUCGGCGAGAGGCGGUCACACCAGUGUUUACCUCGUUCAUCGGCGCCUCGGGCAUCCGCCACCCCAACAGCGCCGUCCGCCCGCGUAUCUGGUACUUCCUCCACCGGUUCAUCAAGCAGCUGCACCAGCCGCUGCUGGCCCAGUACUCAAGCGACUUUAUUCGCGCUGUGGGUGACCUGCUCGAGAUCCGCGCAGACAAAUCCAAACUGAGCAGCCUGUCGGCAGCUGGCGGCGGCUUCGGCUUGUUCGACUCGCAGCUCUACCUGUUUGAGUCAUGCGGAAUCAUGCUCGCACCGGCGGAGCUAGACGAUGAUACGCGCAUGUCGCUGUUGCAGCACCUAUUUAACCCACUGUUUACGAGCGCCCAGCGCCUGAUGAACCAAAAGUCCACCGAGCAGAUCCUACAGGAGCCACGCUCGCUGCUGCAGAUCCACCACUACUUAACAGCGAUUGGCUCAAUUAUCAAAGGCUUCCCCGACGCGCGCGUCGACGCCAAGGGCACGUCAGCCAGCUCGCCGCACCAGCUGUCGCCCAGCACGGCGCAGGUGUUCCUCAAGGCCGCAGACAUGUGCAUUGCCAUCCUCGAGGCACUCCAGGCCAGCCAGCUGAUCCGCGAGGCUGCACGCUUCACGCUGUCGCGCAUGCUGAGCGUACUCGGUGCCGAGGCGCUUCCCUACAUGCCGCGGCUUAUCGACGGGCUUGUAAGCAGCUGCGCUGUCGAGGAGCUGUCGGACCUUCUGUCCUUCCUUGGCCUGGUUGUUUUCAAGUUUAAGCCCGACGUUGCGCCCACAGCAAGCGAGCUGCUGCUUCCUGUAAUUUCAAAGGUGUACGGGUUCCUCGACCAGGUCGCCCAGGAUGGCACCACCGGCACCGACGAGGCCUUGCUGCUGCAGGAUCUCCGCAAGGCGUAUCUGACAUGGAUCGGCGCCAUCUUCAACUCGGACCUGGACAGCAUAUUUUUGACGCCGCAGAACGCCCCACACCUGGCGACCAUCCUCCGCCCAAUUGCCUCGCAACUGGCUGUGGACUCUUCCAGCCCGCAGUGCCAGCGCCUAGCCUUUAACGUUCUGUUCAAGGCCAUUCAGGCGUGGAUGGUUGACCCCAUGGGCUGGCACACGCUGGCCACGAUGACUCCGUCGGCAAUUGCGACUUUGAAUAGCAAGACUGCAAGCGGGCAGAACGCUGGCAAGACCACUCUUCGACAGGUUGCGGCGCAGACACUGGGGCUCAGGCUGGACAGUGCCAGCGCCAAUGAGGCGCGUAAUCAGCUCCAGGAGCUGAUCACCAAGACCGUAGUCCCCGCGUGCUUCGAGACACCCACGCAACCGGACUUCCGCAUGGCCGACGCACAGGCAUCGCUGGUGGUCGCGGAGAUCGCCGGCGUGCUGCAGAUGCUGCUGAUGGCCGGUGUUCCUGAGAUCUCUGACGGUGACGGCAGCUUCAUGGCAACGAUGCCAGCUCCGCAGAUCCUCGCGCCACCCACUGGAGGCGACCUGAAUCGGAAUCAGUUCGCUUCGUAUCUGGCAACUGGCUUGUUGCCAAACCUUGGAUGCCCCGCAGCCAUGGCCACGGAGUUUGUCCAGGCGCUGGCCUCACUGGACCAGAAGCAGUUCAAAAAGUACCUUGUCGCCUUCCUCACCAGCAGUGGCAGCGCUCAGUGAGCAAGAGCGGCAAGAGCGGCUAGAUCAACAAUCAGCAGAGCCAUGUUUGCGUCUUCGAGAGUUUUAUUUGUUGUGGUGUUGUUAUUUGAGAAUUUUGGACCACAAAACUCGCUUGAUACUUGUUUGGUCAAACGCCUCAUAUAGUUUGGUUGGUAUUAAAAAAUAAACAGAGAAAAUUAACAUGAUGAAAAAUGGAAGAAUCAUGCGCUGGA